UGAUCGCUCUCAGUGCUCCGCCCAGAGUCUGAGCAGCGAACAGCGGACAGAGGACAGUGGACAGAGGACAGUGGACAGAGGACAGUGGACACCGUCGUCCCGAGGUGCUGAAAGUAAAACCUGUCCAAGGUUCCAAGACUAAAGAGAACCUGAAAUGGCCCCAACUCUGUUUGAUCAGAAACCAGAGCCUGGCGACUUGAUCGAAAUCUUCCGUGGCAACUACCAGCACUGGGCCUUGUACAUUGGCGAUGGCUUCGUUGUUCACUUGGCCCCACCCUCCGAGGUCCCGGGUGCAGGCGCCAGCAGCAUGAUGUCUGUCCUAUGUGAAAACGCCUAUGUGAAGAGAGAGGAGCUGUGGGAUGUGGUGGGAACAGACCGGUGGGAGAUAAACAACAGCCUGGACAAUGAGUACGAGCCCCGUCCGGUUCCUGAAAUUGUGAGGGAGGCCCGUCAAUGGGUGGGCAAGAAGCUGCCGUACUGCGUCUUCAAAAGGAACUGCGAGCACUUUGUCACCGAGCUGCGCUACGGCAAGCCCCAGUCCCGUCAGGUGCGUCAGGCAGUCCAAACCGCAGGCAUGGUGGUAGGGGUGGGUCUGGGCUUCAUGGCUCUGGCGGGAGUUGUGUCUGCUUUCCUGGGAGGCGACAACAAAAAGGAAAGGAAGAACACGCAGUGAUCGAAGUCCUGACUCGUCCGUUCGCCGGCUUGAUUUACAAAUUACCAGCAACAACUAACUCGUACUAAUCACUAUCAAACUAAAUCAAGUAUUACAACUUUUAACAAGCAUUUAUGAGUAAGCAACAAAUGAUGUCUGUUUCUUUGAUCGAUGCACUACAUUCUUCAGACUUUUUAGCCUUUUUUAACAUUUCUACAGAUAGCACACUAAGUACAUUAAGUCCUGGGAUUACCACAAAUCAAUGCGCCAAGAUGAAAUACGAUUCAAUUCUUAAUGAGACAACUUGAAAAUGACUCAAGAUAGUUUUUCUCUUGUGAACUUUGAGUCUUUUCUACUGAUUAUAGGGUUUUUGUUUUGUUUUGUUUAUCAUUUUGAAAAGUUUUGAACAAAAAUGUUUACUGAAAGUUGCUCAUGAAGAAACAGCAUUGGGUAUUUAGGUCAAAUCUAAAUGGUGACAGAUGUUUGCUAUUGAAGAAUAAAUAAUCAAAAUAAGCUAAGGUUAUGAAAUGGUGUAUACCUCAAAGAAAAGCCAAGUAAUGUCACACUUCACUAUAUUCAUCCUCUGAUUUUUAAUUGUUUCUAAAUGAAGGGAAUAAAGAUAUUUGUCUGAUUUGUGAUGAUAA